GGUCUAGCCUCAGUGUGCUCCAGGACGCAGGCGGGAGAGGACGGCUGUCGUCCACCAUCCGCCCAUCUACCGCCAUUUCAACUCUUCCUGGAACUCUUCAUCGCCCUCCCUCCUCCGUAUUCUUGGACUGCUGUGAAGCACAAGUUGUAUUCUUGCCUAAUUGAUAAUUACCACCGCUAAUUUCUAGGUAAAGGAACGAGCGCUCCGAGGCUCGACCUGUUCUUCAUCUCUUGUCGUGCUCGUGAGACGCUGGUUGGUGAUGCUGGAGUCCGUGGGCGGGGAGGCGGAGGAGGAGGCCGCCCACACCUCGUCUGUGGCCAGUGAUGGGCUCUCCCUGGCAGUGCCCGCCCCCACGCCCACACACCCGACAGCGGACGCCCCUGUAGCGGCCAUCAGGAGGUAUCUGGAUUCUAUGCCACAGCAUCCCUCGCCUCGUAAGGAGGUGACGAGUGGGGCGGUGUGGCGGUGUGUGCGAGGAGAGGUCGUGGCCACCUUCCUGAUGACGGUCGUCUCUACCAGCGCUGCCCUCCAGCCCUCACAGCCCUCCAUACUGGCCCCUUGUGCCCAGCCAGUGGGCGGCAUGAUGGACGGAGUGGCCGACACGGGGUGGGGGUCGGCCGUCCGGUGGGCGGUGGGCCACGGGAUGGUGAUGGCCGCCCUCAGCUGGGCGGUUCGUGGCGCUCACAUGUCCCCGCCCACAACUAUCGCCCUGUUGGUUACAAGGAGGGUGUCGCUGCUGAGGGCGUGUUUACACGUGCUGGCGCAGGUGUGUGGCGCUCUCCUGGCCGCCCCCGUCCUCUUGGGUCUCCUGCCGCGCCCUCCCCGCCCGCCCCAGCUCGCUCCUCACCUGACCGCCGUCCAGGGUUGGGGCGCGGAGUUCCUGGCGACGCUGGUGGUGACUCUCAUCUCUCUCCCUGCAUACGAGGCCGCCCACGCCCCCUCCCGCUACACCAAGGACGCCCACGCCCACCACACCAUGCCGCUCUUCGUCCCCAGCGCCGCCGUCCCCCUCGCCGCCGCCCACGUCUCAGCCGCCCUCUUUAGUGCAGAGUUCACGGGAGUGGGACUCAACCCAGCUCGCUCGCUAGCCCUUGCUGUUGUCACUGGCGCCUGGACCUGCCACUGGGUGUUUUGGGUGGGACCUGCCUUGGGAGGUCUGCUGGCUGCCUUCACCCACGAGUACACCAUCGCCAAGGACCCCGACACCUUGCUCCCACACCAGCAGGCUCCUUACCUCACCCGCGACACCUCCAGGCCCUCCGCCAUCACCUCCACCCUCGCCUCGCCCUGCUGAACAUCUCGAGCAUACACCAAGCCGUCCCCGGACACCUCUGACCAAUUAGUCAUAACCACCAUUUCUGACCUGACCAAUGUACUCUCAAUUGUGGUCCUCUCUGAUCAUCCCUUCAGUCUUCACAAGUCCUUUUUUGACGGAUUUUUUUUUUGUCCUAAAGCCACCCCAUCAUCCUCAUUACCAAAGCCAUCACAUCCAAUGGAGUGACGAUUUAAUACGACCUUAGAAUAGCUAGAAUCUUAAACAUCCAUCAACUUCCUUAUCGGUGUGUCCUUUUUUUCUCUCUGAGGUGAUUUUUUUUGUUCUUAAAACCUUUAGGCUGUGUUUGUAACUUUUGUUAUUACCUGAAGUCAUUGUUAGAAUCCUCAGUGACUAGAAUACAGCCAUGAUUUCCAUUUCCAGUAUACAGAAUUUGUCUGCAAAUCUGGCGUAACUCUCCUGUAAGUUGCCUUACUAAGUCACAUGUGUGGGCAUUUGUGGUGGGUUAUCAAUGCUGUAUCUUGCUCCUGUAUUUACUCACCUUUCACCCCCUUCACCCUCACCCCUUGCCUUCCCUCUCUCGCUCCCCCCCUUCCCUCCCCAUCGUCCACCUUGCCCCUCAUCCUCCUCCUUCGCCCCCUCACAAAUGUGCCUCUUCAUUCCGUCCUCACCGUCUGCUCCCUGCAUCUUUACAGUCACCGUACAACUACCUGCUCUCGAUAACCCCCCUUUUUUUUACAGCCACAUUGGUUUAUCUCUCACAUCGUCUCCCAUGCUAAUUAUUCCCAGUCUAGAACUAGUACUGCUCUCAUAUGAGGUUUCAGUUGUGUAUAUCAAGUUUGUUCUUGCAGCAUUUUCCGAUACAAUAAAUAAAUGUUGAGGUGGAAGUACUGUAG